AUGAAGCUCAUCAACUCCUUUACCCUCUUCUGUGUCAGCUUAGGGUUUUUCUCUACAGCAUUUGGAUUUAAGUUAGCACCUGGACUUGUUAUUCCCCGUGACAUUCCAGGAGACAUUAAAACUUUCAUCAAUGGCUUCUACACAGCUGUAGAUGCUGGUCAAGGUGCCCAAGCUGUUAGUUACUUUAGUGCUAAUCCUAAAUUGGUUUACAAUGGAAAAGAAAUCGAUGGUAAAGCAAACCAGGUGGCUAGGAAAGCAGUACAGAUCAUUGUGAUGGAAAUUAAAUCAAGCCAGAUGAGCUACUCAGAAACAGAGCAGACUGGCUUCUUUCUUUGA